CCCCAACCUGAUGAAAAUUAUCCGUCCACUGGCUGUCCAACUACCCGUAGCGAAGACCGUUUGCCUUCCUACAUCCAUGGACCACUGUGGUAACCAAGUGUUCGACGCCGUCGACCGCCGUUCCGCCACCAAUCUGAAAACCAAUGGAACACUUUCGAAUUCGGACGACUUCAUGGCCUCCUGUAGAAAACUCGAGAAGCCAGACUCUGGAUCGAGCUUUGACCUGAGGUCGAAGAAGAAAAGAUUCAGGGGCGAAGCGGUACCCGAUAACCUAAAGUCCCCGAUAUCUGAAAAGACGAACCACGGGUUGCCGGGGAUUUUCGACACGGCGGAGGUGCAGGAGGAAAUGGAGCACGCAAUUGUAUCCUCGUUUCACUCCUCUUCAACGACAUCAUUAGCAAGGGUUUGGCAAUUGGAUUUUGUCAAUAAGUUGCCGUCUACCCUUUUCACAAGCAGCAGGAUAGAAUCUGCGGAUGGCAAUUCCGUUAAGAUAGUUAUCCUUAAUUCUGUUUCCGAGGAGGUUAUGUCAUCCGGUCCUCUUUCUUCACUUAAAAUUGAAAUUGUAGUGCUUAACGGUGAUUUUGGGGCUGAUUAUCAAGAGGAUUGGACUGAGAAGGAGUUCAAUGCAAAUAUUGUGCGUGAAAGAGAGGGCAAAAGGCCAUUGGUUACUGGGGAGUUGGUAAUUACAUUGAGAGACGGGGUUGGUUAUGUUGGUGAUGCCAGCUUUACUGAUAAUUCGAGCUGGAUAAGAAGUCGAAAGUUUAGGUUAGGAGCAAGACCUGUUCAAAGCAAGUUGCCUGAAGUAAGAAUUAGAGAAGCGAGAAGUGAAGCCUUCGUAGUGAAAGAUCAUCGCGGAGAGUCAUAUAAGAAGCAUCAUCCUCCAAACUUGAAUGAUGAAGUAUGGCGGUUAGAGAAGAUAUCAAAAGGUGGAACAUACCAUAAAGCAUUACAUGGCAAAGGACUUUCCACAGUCGAGCAAUUCCUGCAGUCGUAUUCUGUUGACCCUUCUUCACUACGCCGUGUACUUGGUGGGAUGUCAAAUAAGAUAUGGGAGACGGUCACAGAACAUGCUUCUGCUUGUGUUUUAGACGAUAACUUGUACAUGUACCAUAAGGAUGGAGAAAGAAUUGGGCUUGUGUUCAAUUCCAUCUUCAGAGUUGUAGGAGCAACCUUUGAUGGCCAGAGUUACCAGUCUCUGAAUAUGCUCAAUGAAUUUCAGAUGGGUUUGGUGGAAAAUUUGAAGAGGCAGGCUUACGAAAAUUUGCAUGAGUUGGUUCGGCUUGAUGGUCCACCAGUGAUUGGACCUGCAAUGCUACCAUCAAGCCUACUAGCUGAACCCUAUAAUAGCAGUUCAAGUUCUCAGUUGCAGGAUGUUAACUUCCCAGUGGUGCAUCCAGAAAGCGAAGAAGCAAGGAGCCAACAGACCGACCAAUCAACACUGUCCGCCCCUCGUUUGGAGCUGCAUGGCUGUGGAUCUAGCUAUGGGAUAGUAGUACCUACAUGUUCAGACCUAGCUUCGACCCAACCCAUGUCUAUUAUUUCCCACCCGAUACCUCCUCCUGCACCAAGCCAAGAUACAAGCUCCAUGACUGUGAAGGCAACGUAUGGGGAUGACAUGAUAAAAUUUGAGCUCCCUCCAACAUCUGGAAUUAUUGAACUAAAGGAAGAAGUGGCAAUGAGACUAAAGUUAGAGCUUGAUAGGUUCGACUUGAAGUAUAAGGAUGAGGAUGGGGACUGGAUUUUGUUACCAUGCGACAAGGACUUGAGGAACUAUCUGCAACUUUUCAGCUCAAUGAUAAAUCCAAUAAUCAGACUGUUGGUUGUUGAUAAGGUUGCCAAACGCACUAACUUGUGUAAAAGCGGUAAGCGAUCAUUGAAGGGGAAAUAGAGUUGGUUCAAGAAAUGAGAUAUUGUACAGGGUUGUCAUAAGUCCCUUGUGUUCCACCGGCAAAACGUUUUCUUGCCACAUUUGCUUUGCAAACCCGCUAAAUCAGAACAUUUCUAGUUCAUUUGUGUUUUUUUUUCUUUUGGUGGGGGUGGGGUUAGACUUCUGUUUGGUUUCGAAGGCUUUCUUUGUUUGCAGUCUAAUUUUUCUUCUAGCUAUGCAAGGAACACAAUUUUAAAAGACAAUUUCAAAUACAAUUGUGUUCUAAGCUAUCCAAUGCUCAGAGGUCUUGAAUGACUUCAUUCAUAUUUAUGUUAGGAGUGGUGUUCUAAA